UAUAUAGCGGGCUUGAUCCAUGAACGUGGGAGUUGGCCCAAGCCCACAUUAGCGUCGACUUUCAUUACGCUACCCUGAGAUACUUAGCCACCACCGUGCGCGGUUCAUUCCUCCGCACAAAGGCGGCGAUGGGUUGCUCAGCUCUUCCCAUGGCCUCCUAAUGACAUUCAAACACAUCUCCGCUCUUUCUCUCUUCCGGAAACCAAACUCCUCCUGCUCAACCUUCCGCCAAACCCAUUCCAUGGCCGCCCAAGCUGUAGCUGCCUCUUCUGCAGACCUUCCCCGCAUCGAAGACGACCUUCUCUGCGCAGAGAACGCCGAACCCACGGCCCUCAACUCGGAGGAACAAAACUUUCCGUCUUCUGAUUUGGGGCGUCCGCAUGGGUACUUGAGUGGGGAAGCGCGGAUUGAGAGAGCUUGGGCUCACUGGAAAAUGCUGGGGCAGCCCAAAUACAUAGUCGCCCCCAUGGUCGACAACUCCGAGCUUCCUUUUCGUAUGCUUUGUCGUAAGUUUGGCGCCCAAGCUGCAUAUACGCCUAUGCUCCAUUCCCGUAUUUUCACCGAGAAUGACAAGUAUCGAUCUCUAGAAUUCACUACUUGCAAGGAGGACCGACCACUGUUUGUUCAAUUCUGUGCAAAUGACCCUGAAAUUUUGCUGGAAGCUGCUCAAAGAGUUGAACCGUAUUGUGAUUAUGUGGACAUCAACUUUGGGUGCCCCCAGCGUAUUGCAAGGCGGGGGAACUAUGGAGCUUUCCUUAUGGAUAAUCUUUCUCUAGUCAGGUCUCUGGUAGAAAAACUGGCUAAUAACCUCAGUGUCCCUGUUUCAUGUAAAAUCCGUAUUUUCCCUGAUUUGCAAGAUACAAUCAAUUAUGCCAAGAUGUUGGAGGAGGCUGGUUGUGCUCUUCUAGCCGUGCAUGGACGAACAAGGGAUGAAAAAGAUGGGAAGAAAUUUCGAGCAAACUGGGAUAUCAUCAAGGCUGUUAAAAAUUCAGUGAGAAUCCCUGUACUUGCUAAUGGAAAUAUUCGACACAUGGAUGACGUACAAAGUUGUUUAGAAGAGACCGGUGUAGAGGGUGUUCUUUCAGCCGAGUCUCUUCUCGAGAACCCUGCCCUCUUUGCUGGAUAUAUGACAACCGAGUGGACGAAUGGAAGUAUAGGAAUUAAGGAAGAUGGCACAGUUGACCAGGCUGAGUUAGUGGUGGAGUAUUUGAAGUUUUGUGAGAAAUACCCGGUGCCAUGGAGAAUGAUCCGUUCUCAUGUGCACAAGAUGUUGGGAGAAUGGUUCAAGAUCCAGCCAGACGUAAGGGAGGAUUUUAAUAAACAAUCCAUUCUUACAUUUGAAUUUCUUUAUGGUUUGGUAAAUCAGCUAAGGGAACGUGGUGUGCAGAUACCUUUAUACGUGAAGGACCCUAACAAUGAAGGAAUGUCUACAAAUGGAAUAGUUGCAUGAGAUCUGUUUUCUCAUAACGAUUUCAUUCCAAGAACAUCAAUUUACUACUUGCUUUUGCUUAUUGUUCUUUUGAGUCUUACUUAUCAGAUGGUUACUGUGGUUCCCCAAAUGAACACCGUGAAACCAGGCGGAGAAAGAAGAGCCUGGAUAUCAUUAAAUCUCGAGGUUAAAACUUAACCUUUCACUCACUGCAUUAGUAUUGAUAGGAGUUUAUACACAAGCAUUUGUAAUUCACCUGCCUGGAUUCCCUGGAAAAAGGUUUGUAUGUACCUUUAUAUAGUUUCACAUGUAUGGUUAAUGAGCAGAUAUUUGAGGCUUUUUGAUUUGUUUCCAAUUUGGAUAUUAUUAUGGAUGUGCCCUUGUGCAGGUAAACACUGUUGAAUAGUUUGAGGAUGAGAGUAGUUGAUAGUGCAUCUAAAGGUAAUGCACUGAUGGCUCCCCUUUCCUUAAA